AUGCCUCCGGCUCCGGCUCCACCAGCUGCAGUAUCUGCUUUAGCCUUGAUACCACCUCCCACGCCUUCGCAGGGUCCCCUGACAUAUCGUGAGCGACUGGCACAGUUCCGCAUACUAGAGGAGAAGAGGAUCGAACUCAUCGAGGAAUUAUUGGACAAGCUCGAGAAGACUGAAGCACGGCUUGCACAGACCGAACUCGAUCUCAACUCGGAACAAAAUGUCCGUCGAACGCUGCAAGCUGAGGUCCAUGAGGCGAAGACAAGGGAGGACGCACUGGCACAAAAACAGGCUAAACGUCCUUUCGUGUUGGUGCUGAUAGAUGUAGAUGCUGAGGGCUUCCUCUUCCAAGACAAGUACAUUACCAAAAAGGCCCAAGGUGGCGAGGCUCUAGCAGAUGAGCUUCUUAUCCGUACACGAGAAUACCUCAGACCACAAUUCGAAGAUGCAGACAACUUGGACAUCAUUGUACGAGUAUAUGCGAACCUCGAAGGUCUAGCGAAGUAUCUGGUACGGCAAGAUAAGAUCAGCAACCUGGGAUCUCUGCGUGCUAUGUCAACUUCGUUCAGUGGCCGCAUAGCAAGCUUCGAUUUUGUGGAUGUUGGUGUCGGUAAAGAAGGCAGUUCUGGUCGAAAGAUUCGAGAGAACCUCUCAUUCUUCACAGCAAACUCCCAUCUGCGACAUGUCAUUGUUGGGUGCUCGCCUACCGAUCUGCCUGCUGCUCUCCUAUCGAUGCUUCCUCUCGAUAGAGUUACAUUGAUCGAGUCAUUGCCACUUCCUGCCGCGCUUACCACACUACCUCUGAAAGUCACGAAAUACUCGACGGUAUUUCCUGCACCACCACCACCACCAAAGUCGCCUCGGCCAACCGGCCGCAAUGGGCCCCAACUCCAGCUCAUGCAGCAAGACGACGAUAGUGGAGGCCAGACAUGGCUCGUCAUACAGCCAGAGCGAAGCGAUAGCAACAGCAGGCACCGUGAUUCCAAGCGGCGAGGCAGAAGCGAGGAUGAAGCAUCCAAUAUUAGCAUUUCGAUAGGUCCUGACAACAGCGUCAGUGUCGAUAGCGGUCACAGCAGGCGGAUCAUGAGGUGA